AUGAGUAACGUACACGGUCUCUUCAGCGGGAAAAAAGACGAUUCGGAUUCGGAUGACGAUGCCAACAAUCGCUUCGUGGGAGGUAUUGGGGACCGAGGAGGGGGUAGUGGUUUAGCAGUUCAGCCAAAUAUGGAUGAAGGACCGGAUCGUGACGCUGUUUUCGGUUUGGCCGAAAACGCCACGGCCGAAGACAGUGGGCAGUCCAGACGAACAAUUACUAUGUAUCGAGAUGGAUUUGUGGUUGAUGACGGUCCCUACCGGCGUCUGGAGGAUCCUGAAAAUGCCGAGUUUUUGCGACAUUUGGCCAUGGGUCGUACGCCUCGUGAACUUGUCGACGAUGCGGGCGAAAAUGUAACAGUUGGACUCAUCGACAAACGCAGCGAGGAAUACGUUGAGGAGUUUCGUUCGUUUUCCGGCCAAGGUACUUCCCUAGGGACUAGUACUUCUGUUUCGGAAGACGGUAGGUUUGACCCUGCCAGUCUCGUAGAGCCGCCAGCUCUGGAUGAAAAUCGCCCAACAACUUCCAUUGCUGUACGAUUACUCAACGGAAGCCGACGCGUUGUAAAGAUCAAUACAACGGGCACGGUUGCGAAUCUAGCGUCAAGUUUGCGGGACUCGUCCGACGAACCCUUCCGUCUCGUGUCUGGAUUCCCGCCGAAGCCGUUGCAGGAUGGAUCUGUUACAAUUGAAGACGCCGGCCUGAAAGGGGCUCAGGUUUCUAUGCAAAAGGCGUAG